UGUGAAGGUUCAUGUCGAAAACUCACUUUGUGACUAGCGCCAACUUAACAUCUGUACUGUGCUGCAAAGAGGAGCGAAGCGGACCCGAAAUAAAUCCAGAACUUCUGUCCGGUGCACACGAGGUUUCGUGGUACCUCAGGAUGGAUCUUCCGUGCGUCCAGUGGCAAGAUCACGUUACACAGAAAUGGGCCGGACUCGACCUCGAGUUAAAGGAGCGUUUUACAUCCCUGCUCGACAUUGAUGAUGUUUUUAAAUGUGCCCUAACUCUGACAACUCAAGAUGAUCUGGACGUUCUGCAGUCAGUCUCUGCAGGAUACUUAGUACAGAAGGACACAGAGCAAGCAGUCAAAUGCAGGGAGAGGGGUAACUCCAGCUUCAAGACCAAAGACUACACUGCAGCCGCUUUACACUAUUCCCAGGGUGUAUGUUUUGCUCCCCAAAGUUCGGAGCAGCUGUCUCUGUGCUACGCCAAUAGGUCUGCAGCGCUCUACCAUCUGCAGCACUACCAGAGUGGGUACCCCUCUCAUCUUUUACACAAACUAGAGGAGCGUCGCAUACAGUGCUGCAACCAUCUCUCUGCAAGUCAGAAGGGAAAAGAAGAUCACAAUCCUGCCUUAAAAAACCAUAAAGGUCAAGAGAAAGUAAAAGCACCAUCUGAUGGACCUUUCACAUUUGGAAUCGGCCCUAAAGCUGCUGUUGGCUUUAGCCCAGAGAAAGGUCGACACCUGGUGGCUGCAGAGAGAUUGGCAGCUGGGGAGGUGAUCCUUAAUGACAGGCCAUACAGCUGUGUCCUCAUUCCAGGAAUGGAGGAUCUGAAAGGGAAAGGAGCAGAGCUAGACACAGAGAGAGGAGUGUUUGGAACAGAGCACAGGCGCUGUCACAGGUGUCUGGCCGAAACACUGCAUCCUGUCCCAUGUGAUGGAUGUAGUUAUAGCCGAUACUGUUCAACUGGCUGUCAGCGGGAAGCCUGGGAGGAACAUCACCACUGGGAGUGUCCACUGGGAGCAGAUCUGAUAGUGUUAGGUGUGAUGUCACACCUUGCUCUGAGGGUAACGCUAAAGGCAGGGUUAAAAAACAUCCAAAUGGCCAGGAAGCCAAUCAGUAACCAGCACAGGAAGUCAAAGCCAGGCCAUUUUAACAGAGAGUCCAGUGAUUCCUCUUCAUGUCAAAUAAACCAAUCUGAUCCUUCUACUUCAUACUACGGUGACUCUUACUCUAGUGUGUUUCACUUGCUGCACCACCUGAAUCACCACAGUCCUGGUCUGCGUUUCCUGUGUGCUGUUACCAUAGCAACACUCUACCUAAAGCUCAGGAAAAUAGGACCUCCACCUGCAUCUUGGGCCCUCAGUAGACUCACAGGAGUAAACAGCCAAUCAACAGAGGAGGAGGGAAGCUGGGGCUCGGAGCUGUGGCUGCUGGGAAGUGCAGUUCUGAGGCACUUCCUACAGCUGAGGUGCAACGCCCAGGCAAUCCUCACACUGCAAGACACAGGAGCAGCAAACUCACCAGUGCAGUCCAGCAGGGAAAUCUGCAUUGCUACGGCGAUAUUUCCAACACUCAGUCUUCUGAAUCACUCCUGCUAUCCCAACACCAGCCUGGUGUUUAACACUGGAACUGGUACCCAUCUUUCUGGCUCAUACUGGGCUCCAGACGUCACUGAGAGUCGAGCUGAGCGCAGAAGCACAGCCCGCAGAGUCACUAUAACUGUCAGAGCAUCCAAAAAUAUCACUGUUGGACAAGAGAUCGUGCACUGCUAUGGUCCUCACAGCAGUAGGAUGGCCUCUCAAGAACGCCAGCGUCUCCUGCAGGAACAGUAUUAUUUCUUAUGUCAGUGUGAAGCCUGCACACUGGCCCAGGAGGAGGCUGAGGGUACAGAGGGCCAACUGCAGCAGCCGGUUGCUGGAGAUAGCCGACACGACUCUGGCCUUCUAUGUGGCAAGUGCAAAGGAUCUCUCAAAAAAAGCACUGAGGACAGAGGAACAGGAUUUUUAUGUUCACAGUCAUCCUGUGGUCAUCGUAUGUCUUCAUCUGAAGUGAGCCACAGGCUGCAGGAGGUCAGGGUCAAACUGGAGAAAGCUGUGGAUCUCAUGGAGACAGAGGGGCCAGAUAAGGCUCUGAGACUGCUGAAAAGGGUUUACAGUCAGUCUGGAUUGAUCCUGGCAGAGACACACCCUCUACAAGGGGAGUUGGCUGAUGCCAUAGCCAGAGCAUAUGCUACAAGGGGUGACUGGAAUAAUGCAGCCUCACACCUGGAGCGAAGUGUCAUAGCUAUUGGUUCCCAGUAUGGAGAAGACAGUAUUGAACUGGGUCAACAGCUCUUCAAAUUAGCUCAGCUACAUUUCAAUGGUGGUGCCAGAGGCCCGGCCCUCUCUGUCAUCCCCAAGGUCAGACGACUCCUCUGCCUCCACCGCGGUCCUUGCUGCCAUGAAUUACAGGAGCUGCAAGCCAUGGAGAACUGCCUUAAAAAAAUCACAAUAUGAUUACAGUUUUGCACUCAGCAAAAAUGAAUAAAAGUGUCAA